CUCACGGAACUUCCUGAAACUGUACUUCUUUCACUAUUCAUUUCUUUACAGUUCCUUCAGCUUGAGAAGAAAAGAGUUCAAAAGUUAAAAGACGGAGCGAAAAAGACUGAAACACAGAGAGAGUGUGGAAUAAAAUCUGUUCCCUGUGGAUCAAAGUAUGGCGUCCCUUGAUGCCUCUUGCAAUAUAACAGAAGCGGAGGACGCAGCUCGACUCCUGAGCGAAGCAAUCAGUUUGAGAGAUAAAGAGGAUGCAAGAAAAUGCCUGGAUCGACUUUUGGAUCUGAAAAUCCCUGUGUGUGUUAAAAUAAGCCCAGAAGCGUACUCGCAAGACAACAUCAGGUUGAGAGUAGGGGUGGCGGACGUCAUGUCAGAUGCCUACAGCCUAAUAAUAAUAAUGGUACCUGUUUACAUGACUAUAUCAGAGCUGAAAGAAAAGAUCAAUCAAGACUACGGAUUCCACCCGGCCGUCCAACGUUGGGUGAUCGGGAAGCGCCUCGCCCAGGAAAAAGAGACCCUGUUCUAUUAUGGGAUCAGAAACCAUGACGACUCUGCCUUUUUGUUCAUCCUUACGGCCCGGGCCGCCCAUCUGAGCCGUGAGCAGGAAAGAAAAGAGAAACAGGAUAAACGGAUGGAUGGUAUAAUUGAGAACAUGGAUAUCACAGAGUGUCCAGCCCCACGCUCUCCGGUUCUGGUUGCCAGAGGAAACGCUCUUCCUCAUCCUCUUCUUUCUCCCAAACCUCAGCCUGGUUGGUCAUGUCCAGAGUGCACCUUCCUGAAUAAACCGACACGUCCUGGAUGUGAGAUGUGCAGCACAGCGAGACCUGAGAAUUACAAAGUACCAGAUGUGUACCACCCAGAUGAGGAAGAAAGCAGAAGACUUCAACAGGAGGAACUCGCUAGUAUGCAGUACCAGGAGUCUCUUCUGGAGGAACGGAAGAGGAAUUUCCAAGAACUCCUGGAAAUGGAUUCCCACAGCCUGGUGGAGAAUGCGGAUGAGAUGGACUGCGCAAUCUGCUUUUGCACCAUCAUGCCCGGAGACGGUGCUGUUCUAAGAGAGUGUCUGCAUAGCUUUUGCAGAGAAUGUCUCAAAGGAACUGUACUGAACUGCGCAGAUGCCGAAGUGUCGUGUCCUUUUGUAGAUCAGGAGUAUUCCUGUAACUGCAAACUUCAAGACAGAGAAAUCAAAUCACUUCUGUCUCAGGAUGAGUAUCAGAAGUUUCUAGAACUGAGGCUGAGCAUCGCAGAAUCCCGCGCUGAGAACAGCUACCACUGCAAGACGGCCGAUUGUCCCGGCUGGUGCAUCUUCGAAGACAACGUGAAUGAGUUUAUAUGUAAUAACUGCAACGAGACGAACUGUCUCCUCUGCAAGGCUAUCCACAAGGGAAUGAACUGCAAAGAAUAUCAGGAUGACCUUCAUUUAAGAGCUCAGAAUGACGCUGCAGCCCGACAGACAACAGAGAUGCUCGAGCAACUCCUGGAGAGUGGCGAGGCAAUGGAGUGCCCUAAAUGUAAAGUGAUUGUUCAGAAGAAAGACGGCUGUGACUGGAUCUGUUGUAUGAUGUGUAAGACAGAGAUCUGCUGGGUGACCAAACAGGCUCGAUGGGGACCAAAGGGUGCUGGAGACACAUCGGGUGGUUGCAGAUGUCGAGUCAAUGGAGUCCUCUGCCAUCCGAUGUGCCAGAACUGCCACUGAUUGCUUCAUGAUGCUCCUUCAACAUGCAGAAACCAGCGCUACAUCAACACAACACUUCCCAACAAUCACAACCUGUUUGAGAAAGCUUCAAAAUCUUCUCUUCCUUGUUACAUCACUCAAUUCCUUUCUCGAGAGGGUUCAGGGUAUUUGUGAAUCGAGGACUACACCUUUGAACCAGAUUGGAUGUAAAGUUAACGGGAUAUUUACAUUUCGUCAUUGAGCAGACACUUUUAUCCAAAGCGAUUUACAAAUUAGGAACGUAGCAAGCAAUUUUCCAUACAAAGUUCAACAACGUCUACAGUGUUUUACUGCCAAGCUCUCAAGAUGGCGGAAGUAGUGCAUGUGCUAGAGCAGAAGAGACAGAUUAAAAAAAAUUCUGUGGGUACAGUAAGUGCAAGUUAAGUUCGAUAGUAAGUACAAUUGGGGUGGUUUGGUUAAGUGCUUGUGGAACAGAUGCAUUUUCAGCUGGUUCUUGAAUGUUGAGAUGGUAUCAGCUGAUCGUGGGAACGUUGGCAGCUCAUUCCAUCACAGAGGGACAGAGAAAGUGAACGACUGUGAAACAGACUUUAAGCCUCUUUGCGAUGGGACAACCAGGUGCCGCUCGUUCAUUAACCGCAAAGAGCGAGUUGGAGCAUAGACCUGGAGAAGUGAAUUGAAGAGGCUGCAGUUCCAUUGGCUGCCCUGAAGGCCCGAGUGUGAAUUCAGGGCGUGCUGAGUGACUCCAGACAGAUCUCCUAAGCAACCAAAUUGGCCCGGUUGCUAGGGAGGGUUGAGUCACAUGGGGUAACCUCCUCGUGGUCGCUAUAAUGUAGUUCUCGCUCUCGGUUGGGUGCGUGGAUGCCGUGGUGGAUGGCAUGAAGCCUCCACACGUGCCGUCUCUAUGGCAACACUCUCAACAAGCCACGUGAUAAGAUGCGGAGGCAGCGGGGUUCAUCCUCCGACACCCGGAUUGAGGCGAGACACUGAAAAUUGGUGCAAUUGGGUGAAAAAGGGGAACCCCCCUCCACCCCACCACCACUGACUAGUGUAUAAAAUUGGGUGACAUCAGUAGAACAGGGUUUGAAAACGAUUGAGCUAUACUAGAAAGUGAACAAUUGGAAAUGCUCUAGCGGCGACUUCUGACUGCGCCAAAGUGCUAACAACAAUUCAGCUAUCUGAGCUUAAAGUAUACGCAACAUUAUUGAAAGAUGCAUUAAACUAAUAAGUCUUAUCAAUCACUACAAUUUCCAUUCAAAAUGUCACUUUGGGCUUGUGAAGUAAUGGAUAAUGUACCGAGAUGUGAGCAUUACCAGAAUAAUGACUGUACUGUGAAAUUAAUUAUCAGGGCUCUAGAAAACCUUGAUGUCUGUAAAAGGGAUUUUUGAAUUGUUUUGAAUCCAUAAAUUGUACCAUGAAAAAAAAUAAGAAAUAUUUUCAUAUUCUGUUACUGUCGUCAAGAGGGUGUUUACAAUAUCUUGUGAAUGGAGAGUUAAUGCACAUCAUUUUUAAAUGACUUUAUGUAAUAAAAUGUCUUA